GGGUGUAGCGAUUCCAGCGCUGGUGAUCCAGCGCUGGUCAGCAAGUGUGGACGCCCACCAGCGCUUUUAUUGACCUCCGGGGUAUAAGGAGGUAUCCCAGCAUACCUUUUAAGCCUCUCUGGUAAUCCUGCACACUCCACUGCCCUGGGCUCAGCUGACCCCACCUUUAAAUGCCCCGGGAAUUUUAAAAAACCCCUUCCUGUUUGCUCAGCCAGGUGUGGAGUGCAAUCAAUCAAUCAAUCAAUCAAUCAGUGACCAUGCCUCCACGCCCCAGACAAGCCCCAGCAUGGAACAGUUCCGAGCUGCAGGACCUCAUCAGUGUUUGCGGUGAGGAAGCUGUGCAAGCACAGCUGCGCUCCAGCUGGAGAAAUUAUGAUAUCUAUGGGCAGAUAUCACAGUCCUUGCUGAGAAGGGGCCAUGAACGGGACGCGUUGCAGUGCAGGGUAAAAAUUAAGGAGCUGCGCAGUGCUUACUGCAAAGCCCGUGAGGGAAAUCGCCGCUCAGGAGCUGCCCCAUGACCUGCCGUUUUUACAAGGAGCUGGAUGCCAUACUUGGGUGUGACCCCACUGCCAAUCCUAGGAGCACGAUGGAGAGUUCAGAGCAGGCAGAAGUGGGGGAGGGUGUAGAGGAAGCCGAGAGUCAGGCUACUGUGGUGGAGGGAGACACCCCGGAGUCCCAGGAGGCAUGCAGCCAGGAGCUCUUCUCAAGCCAGGAGGAGGCUAGCCAGUCGCAGCAGCUGGAAGUUGCUGGUAAGGAAGAAGCAGAGGAUCGUGCUCGGGUGACCUUGACUAAUGCAGCCGGAUCACCAGCCUCACGUCGGUUGCAGAACUUGAGAAAAAAUCCACGAAAAUCAAAAGAGGAGUUGAUCAAAGCAGUUAUGAAUCACUACAACAGAGAAAGUAGGAAGACGCAGGAAUGGAGAGAGAAAAUGUAUGAGUGGAGGCAAACACAAAGCAGGAGAAAGGAAUUGGCUACCAAAAAAACCUCAAAGCAGAUGAUAAGCCUCCUGGCUCGCCAAACUGACUCUUUCGAGUCUCUCGUAGCCAUGCAGGCAGAUCUGUACCGUGGUAACCCACACCCCUUCCAAAGCUCUCUUUCUUGUUCCCCAGUAUUUGCACAAAACACCUUUCUCCAGCAGCCAGUUUCUUAUUACUCCCAGCUGCCCCCAACACCUGUACGAUCACCUACCAGCCCUGAUAACUACAAUUCUUACCCUGUGCACUCCACCCCCAUUACUCUGCAGCAUAGUAAUCCUGAAGUGCAGCAGACAUUGAACAGUAAUCCAAACAGGACAUAUUCAAACCUCUGAAUGUACAGUCCACCACCCUAACCCCCCUGGCCUGUUAUGUACUGUACUUUGA